GGAGCCAAAAACCCAGAAAAACUAGCCGUUACCUCUUUUUCUCUCCCUUUUUUUUGGUAGAAUUUUAUUUUAAUUCAUCAAUCAAUCAACUUUUAAUCCCCAAUUUUACAAACCCUUUCAUAUUCAACUCACUCCAAUUCAAUAAAUAAAACCCUUCAAUUUUCUUUCCAUUCAUCAUUUUCAUUACACCCACAAAAUCAAUUAAACAUCAACAACACCCACAUAAUCUUGCAAAUCUUCAAUGGCUUCUAAAACUGUUGCUAAGGAUAUCAUCACUCUUCGUGGCUCGGCCGCGAUCGUAAGCGAGUUCUUUGGGUACGCUGCAAAUAGUAUAUUGUAUAAUCGAGGGGUAUACCCAGAAGAAAGUUUUGGGAAAGUGAAGAAAUAUGGACUGCCAUUGCUUCUUACUCAAGAUGAAGGUGUUAAAUCUUUCAUUGCUAAUCUUACUGCUCAACUUUCAGAAUGGCUUGAAGCAGGAAAAUUGCAGAGGAUAGUUCUGGUGAUAAUGAGUAAAUCUACAAAUGAAGUUCUUGAAAGAUGGAAUUUCAGUAUUGAGACUGAUAAUGAAGUUGUAGAAACUGGGGUAUCAAGGGAAAAGAGUGACAAGGAAAUAAUGAGGGAAAUACAAGCAAUUAUGAGGCAGAUUGCUUCUAGCAUCACUUACUUACCUUGCCUUGAUGAACCAUGUGUUUUCGACGUCUUGGCAUACACUGACAAGGAUGUAGCUGCUCCUCUCACUUGGAUUGAGAGUGAUCCCAAAUUGAUUUCCAACCCCCAAAUGGUGAAAUUACAUUCUUUUGAUACCAAGAUUCACAAGGUUAACACUUUAGUAUCUUACAAAAAUGAUGAUGAAGAAUUGGAUGAACAAUAAUCGACUACAGUCUGUGAUUUUGGAGAAAAAUCGAAUGAAGUAUUAUGUUUGUUUUUUUACUAUUUGUUAGUGUGGUAAUGUGAAUCAUUGAUUCACAAUUUUGUAUUUGGGAUUCCAAACUAUUACCAGUACCUAUGUAUCUGAAAGUGUUGGUUCAUCAAUUGGAUUGAAUUUAUCCAAAUGUUAGCUGAUUGUGAGAAAACAGAAAACUGCAUUCUUAUUGUGAGUUUUAGAGACGAAUAAUAGUAUUAAGCUGCGCUAGGCUACAAGCAGCAUCAGCAGAAUUGUCUCUUUAAACCACUGAGUAGAUAACUUGCAAGUUUCGGUUUGCUGAAAUUCUAUUCAUGUUUGAAAUAAAAAUGUACACUGAUG